AUGGGGACCUGGAUUUUGUUUGCCUGCCUCCUGGGAGCAGCCUUCUCUAUGCCUCUACCACCUCAUCCUGGGCACCCUGGUUAUAUCAACUUCAGCUAUGAGAACUCCUAUUUUCAGGGUAUCAGUAUUGACAAGACUGCAUUAGUGCUCACCCCUCUGAAGUGGUACCAGAGCAUGAUAAGACACCCGUACACUUCCUAUGGUUACGAACCCAUGGGUGGAUGGCUGCACCACCAAAUCAUUCCCGUGGUGUCCCAGCAGACUCCCCAGAAUCACGCCCUGCAGCCUCAUCACCACAUCCCCAUGGUGCCAGCUCAGCAGCCCGUGGUCCCCCAGCAGCCAAUGAUGCCAGUUCCUGGCCAACACUCCAUGACUCCAACCCAACACCACCAGCCAAACCUCCCUCUGCCCGCCCAGCAGCCCUUCCAGCCCCAGUCCAUCCAGCCGCAGCCUCACCAGCCCCUGCAGCCCCUGCAGCCCCUGCAGCCCUUGCAGCCCCUGCAGCCCCUGCAGCCCCAGCCGCCCGUGCACCCCAUCCAGCCCUUGCCGCCACAGCCACCUCUGCCUCCGAUAUUCCCCAUGCAGCCUUUGCCCCCCAUGCUUCCUGACCUGCCUCUGGAAGCUUGGCCAGCAACAGACAAGACCAAGCGGGAAGAAGUGCGCAGCAAAGUGAAACCACAGAAGGUCUCGGUGAGCCCAACCUGUCCUGUCCCCCCACCCCGCCCCGCCCGCAACCAGCCACUCUACUAUGGCCCCGGGAACCAGUUGGAGCAGCUCCCUGGGACCUCUGCACCUACCACCCCUGUUCACCUCGACUCCUUCCUUGAAAGCUUUCCCUUUUUUAAAUGUGGACAGUGCAUUGUGGAGGACACGAAUUCCCAGCAGAUAACUGCCUCUGCCUUAUUAUAA